AUUUCUAGAAUCUGAAAAGUGACCAGCCUUAUUUUCUUAAAAAAAAGUUUUCAAAAUGGCAGAAAAUAAUGAUUUGAAUAAUCAAGAAAAUUUGAAUGAGGAUAACGAGGGUCAUGCCACUACAGAAUCAGUUUGUGAAGUUGUAGUUGUGGAUAGAAAUGCUGUCGACUUGGAUUUCAACCAAAGUCGAAUAGCGAAAAUUGAAAAUUUGGAAAACUUACCAAAUAUUGAAACAUUGUGUUUUCGACAGAAUUUGAUUAAGAAGAUAGAGGGACUGUCAACGUUGGAUACUCUAACUGAACUUGAUUUAUAUGAUAAUCAAUUAGAACUUAUUGAAAACUUAGAAAGUUUGGUGAAUUUAGAAACAUUAGACCUUUCUUUCAAUAGGAUUAAAACUAUUCAAGGCAUUGAUGGGCUUACCAAAUUGAAAAAGUUAUACCUCGUGAACAACAGAAUAGAGAAAAUUGAAGGAAUUGGAACAUUGGUUGAUUUGGAGAUGCUUGAACUGGGUGCCAACAAAGUUAGAGAGAUAGAAAAUUUGGAUAACCUCUCAAAGCUUCAUAGUUUAUUUCUUGGUAAAAAUAAAAUAACACAGUUAAAAGGCUUGGAUAAAUUGACGAAUUUAAGAUGCAUUAGUAUCCAAAGUAAUAGAAUCCUGAAACUAGAAGGGCUGAAUAAUUUGAUUCAUUUAGAAGAAUUGUAUAUCAGCCACAAUGGAAUUGAAAAGAUUGAGGGUCUAGAUAAAAACAUUCAAAUCAACACUCUAGAUUUAUCCAACAACAGAAUCAAGAAGAUUGAAAAUAUCUCACAUUUGAUGGAACUGGCUGAAUUCUGGUUUAAUGAUAAUCAGGUGGAAUCAUGGAAUGAGAUUGAUAAUCUACAGGGUUUACCACAUCUAGAAACAGUCUAUAUGGAGAGAAACCCUGUAUGGUAUGGUGAAGAUAAGAAGAUCUCUCCUCAUUAUAGAAGAAAGAUGACUUUAGCUUUACCGAAAUUAAAACAAUUAGAUGCAACUCUACUUAAAUAG